UAACAGUUUGUAGACCGGGGGGAGUUGUGAAGGGCGCGAGCUGGGGGCUGCGCUGCCGGCCGCGUGGGUACGUCUGCGCCGCGUUGUCCCAUCACCGGGACUGCAGGGCCCGAGACCGGAGCGCCCGGGGGAGGACCCAGCCACCGUUCCUGAGGAAGGCGGCGUGCUAGCCGGGGGCGGGUCGCGGCCGGAGUGAGGCCCGCACGGACGCCGGUGCGUUGGGCCCCACGCCUCGAGCCCGGGGCGGCCGCCGCGCGCAGGGCUAAGCUGGGAUCUGCUCUGCCGCUUCGGUCAGGGGCACAAUGGCAGCCACAGUCAGAAGGCAGAGGCCAAGGAGGCUUGCCUGUUGGACCUUGCUGGCUAUCCUCUUGGCAGACCUGUUGGCACUGAGUGACACAUUGGCAGUGAUGUCUGUGGAUCUGGGCAGUGAGUCCAUGAAGGUGGCCAUCGUCAAACCUGGAGUCCCCAUGGAGAUUGUCUUGAACAAAGAGUCUCGAAGAAAAACCCCAGUGACUGUGACCCUGAAAGAAAACGAAAGGUUCUUUGGAGACAGUGCCGCCAGCAUGGCCAUCAAGAACCCAAAGGCUACACUGCGCUACUUCCAGAAUCUCCUAGGGAAGCAGGUGGAUAACCCUCAUGUAGCCCUUUAUCGGGCUCGUUUCCCUGAGCAUGAGCUAAACUUCGAUCCUCAGAGGCAGACGGUGCACUUCAAGAUUAGCCCGCAGCUGCAGUUCUCACUUGAGGAAGUGCUGGGCAUGGUUCUUAAUUACUCCCGUUCUCUGGCUGAAGAUUUUGCAGAGCAGCCCAUCAAAGAUGCUGUCAUCACCGUGCCAGCCUUCUUUAACCAGGCUGAGCGCCGGGCUGUACUGCAGGCUGCCCGCAUGGCGGGCCUCAAAGUGCUACAGCUCAUCAAUGACAACACCGCCACUGCUCUCAGUUAUGGUGUCUUCCGCCGGAAAGAUAUCAACACCACUGCACAGAAUGUCAUGUUCUAUGACAUGGGCUCAGGCAGCACCGUGUGUACCAUUGUGACCUACCAGACAGUGAAGACUAAGGAGGCUGGGAUGCAACCUCAGCUGCAGAUCCGGGGGGUGGGGUUUGACCGCACCCUGGGGGGCCUAGAGAUGGAGCUUCGGCUGCGGGAACACCUGGCUGGGCUCUUCAAUGAGCAGCAGCGCAAGGGCGGGAGGGCCAAGGAUGUACGGGAGAACCCGCGUGCCAUGGCCAAGCUGCUGCGGGAGGCCAAUCGGCUCAAAACUGUCCUGAGCGCCAACGCUGACCACAUGGCCCAGAUCGAAGGCCUGAUGGACGAUAUAGACUUCAAGGCAAAAGUGACUCGAGCAGAAUUUGAGGAGUUGUGUGCAGACUUGUUUGAGCGGGUCCCUGGGCCUGUCCAGCAGGCCCUCCAGAGUGCAGAAAUGAACUUGGAUGAGAUUGAACAGGUGAUCCUGGUGGGUGGGGCCACUCGUGUCCCCAAGGUUCAGGAGGUGUUGCUGAAGGCUGUGGGCAAGGAGGAAUUGGGGAAGAACAUCAAUGCAGAUGAAGCAGCUGCAAUGGGGGCUGUGUACCAGGCAGCUGCCCUCAGCAAAGCGUUCAAGGUGAAGCCAUUUGUCAUCCGAGAUGCGGUGGUCUAUCCCAUUCUGGUGGAAUUCACAAGGGAGGUGGAGGAAGAACCUGGGGUCCGCAGCCUGAAGCACAAUAAACGUGUACUCUUCUCCCGCAUGGGUCCCUACCCUCAACGCAAAGUCAUCACCUUUAACCGCUACAGCCAUGAUUUCAACUUCCACAUCAACUACGGUGACCUGGGCUUCCUGGGGCCUGAGGAUCUUCGGGUAUUUGGCUCUCAGAAUCUGACCACAGUGAAACUGAAAGGUGUGGGCGACAGCUUCAAGAAGUAUCCCGACUACGAGUCUAAGGGCAUUAAGGCACACUUCAAUCUGGACGAGAGUGGCGUGCUCAGUCUGGACAGGGUGGAGUCUGUAUUUGAGACGCUGGUGGAAGACAGCCCAGAGGAAGAAUCCACUCUCACCAAGCUUGGCAAUACCAUUUCCAGCCUGUUUGGUGGUGGCACCACAGCAGAUACCAAAGAGAACGGGACAGAUGCUGUUCAGGAAGAAGAGGAGGGCCCUGCUGAAGGAGGCAGGGAUGAACCUGCAGAGCAGGUGGAAGCUGAAGUCCCAGUGGAGGGAUCCCCUCAGCCCCCACCCACAGAGCCCAAGGGAGAUGCAGCCCCUGAGGGGGAAAAGCCCUCCGAAAAGGACAAUGGGGGCAAGUCUGAGGCCCAGAUGCCCAGUGAGAAGGAGGAUUUGGGUCCUAAAGGUGCCCCUCCAUCCGAAGAAGAAAAAAAGCAGAAGCCUGCCCGGAAACAGAGGAUGGUGGAAGAGAUUGGGGUGGAGCUGGUUGUUCUGGACCUGGCUGACUUGCCAGAGGAUGAACUGGCUCGCUCAGUGCAAAAACUUGAGGACUGGACCCUUCGAGACCUAGAGAAACAGGAACGAGAGAAAGCUGCCAAUAGCUUGGAAGCUUUUAUCUUUGAAACCCAGGACAAGUUAUACCAGCCAGAGUAUCAGGAAGUGUCCACAGAAAAGGAACGUGAAGAGAUUGCUGGGAAACUCAGCGCUGCAUCUACCUGGCUGGAAGAUGAGGGUUUUGCGGCCACCACUGUGAUGUUGAAGGAUAAGCUGGCUGAGCUGAAGAAGCUGUGCCUAGGAAUGUUUUUUCGGGUAGAAGAACGCAAGAAGUGGCCUGAACGGCUGUCUGCCCUUGACAAUCUCCUCAACCAUUCCAGCAUAUUCCUCAAGGGUGCCCGACUUCUCCCAGAGAUGGACCAGAUCUUCACUGAGGUGGAGAUGACAACGUUAGAGAAAGUCAUCAAUGAGACCUGGUCCUGGAAGAAUGCAACUGUAGCUGAGCAGGCCAAGCUUCCUGCCACAGAGAAGCCUGUGUUGCUCUCAAAAGACAUUGAGGCUAAGAUGAUGGCACUAGACCGUGAGGUACAGUAUCUGCUCAAUAAGGCCAAGUUUGCCAAGCCUCGGCCCCGGCCCAAGGACAAGAAUGGUACCCGGACAGAGCCUCCCGUCAAUGCCAGUGCAAACAACCAGGAGGAGAAGGUCAUUCCACCAGCAGGCCAGGCUGAAGAUGCAAAGCCCAUUUCAGAGCCCGAGAAAGUAGAGACUGGGUCUGAAACAGCAGACACUGAGACCCUGGAGUUAGGAGGGCCAGAAGCAGAACCUGAGCAGGAGGAGCAGCCAACAGGACAGAGGCGGCCUUUGAAGAACGAUGAGCUAUAACCUCACCUCCGUCUCCCUUCCUCCCAGCCCCUUCUUUUGCCACCACUAUUUAUUACACAUCACGUGGGGGCUUGACUUCCUGCUCUCACUGGAAAUGACAUGUGGGGAAGGGGUGGCGCCACUCACCAGGUUCUUCUGGAAUAGCCCUGUGGUUAAAACCUGAAUAUGUCUGGACCCCAUCCCACUCUCACUCCUGGGUCCUCUACCCAUCCGGUCUGCCUUGGGGGAGAAUCACUAAUAUGUCUUAAUUCCUUGCUGAUGGAGACCUGGUAGCGGGAAGGCGUCUGGAUUACAGGAGAGCAUCCUUCCCCCUCCUUCCCUCCUUCCCUCCCCGCCUUGUAGUGGCAUCUGCUUUGGGCUAGUCUGCCGAGCACCUGUCACCAGGCUUUGUUUCCGAGUGCCUGUCUCUGCUCAUUUCCCCCCACCAAAGUGUUCUCUUCCCCUGAACUCCCUUGCCCACCCACUUUCUCUUCAUUUGCUUCCCUGCUUCCUGGCACACACUGGGUUCCUCUUUCCCCCUUGCCCAAAGCGUUCCCGGUGGAUUGGCUGGAGUCAGUUUGAAGUGUUCCCACUGCACGUGAGUCUUGGUGGCCAGAGCAGGCAGGAACAGCAUCAGUGGGAAGCUGCUGUAUGGGGAGGAAGCUGGGCAAAAGCGCUGAAGCUCCCGUCUGGGGGCACUUGGGCCCGAGAAAACCAGUAGAAUGAUGGGUGCAGGUGCAGUGUCCUUCCCAGGAGCCAGGUACUCCAGGUGGCAGUGACUGACUGUCCCUCCUGCUGUCCUUCCCCUUCCGGGUGGAGCCUUUCCCUUGCUCCUCUCCUUGGGCUGACCAAAAUGUGCUUUCUACUGUGAGGCCCCUAUCCCAAGACCCCUGGGGGAUGGAGAGACCUUGGUGUGAAUGUAAAGGUGCCACAGAGAGGCUGUGGGUACAGGAAGAGGCUCAGGGCUAGCCUGCCUGCCGUGCAUUGCUCUGCUGGAGCGGGGGCCCUUCCCCACUCUGCUGUGGCCUAGGGGGCCUGUCCUCCAGUACUCCGUCUGUAGUGGCAGAUGGGGCUGGCUCACAGCUCCAGGACGAGGCAAACCUGGUUGUCAUUCAUUUUGUCCCCACCCCUACCAUCCUUUUUUUUCUUUUGCCACAUUGGCAGCAAGGGACCUAAGUCCCAUCUCUUCCCCUACCCUCGUUUGAGUUCUUUCAUUAGCAAUUGAAGCUGGAUAGACAGGUUUAAAUCAAAUUGUACUUUGCUCCAUUGUUAAUUGAGAAACUGUUUCAAUAAAAUAUUCUUUUCUACAAUU